GUGUGUGUGUGUGUGUGUGUGUGUAUACCUGAGUGGGCCACAAGUGCGCACGGGAAUGAUGAGGAGAAGGUGAGGCGAUCGUCAAUUCCUUACAUACAUACAACUUACAUCUAAAAAAGUGUGGCCGGGCACCUGUGUACCCUCAAUCAUCCUCAGCAAGGAGACAUCACCACCAUCAUGCCCAGUCCCCAACUCGCAGCCGCUCGAGUCUGUGGUGCCAUGAGAGAACCUCCCUCAUGGCACUGAUCCAUGGCACCUUCACUCAGGUCGCGCCGAGGGAACUUCAGCAAGAUGGCGCCAGGUGGCCGCGUUGGUAACCGUGUUAAUUUAAAGGGUGACGCUGGGACUAUACCCCAGAGUUCCUAGGACGUGCGUCUUCUUCUUAUCUUUAUGUUAUUAUUGCCGAAAAUGUGCCGUCCCUCUUUGUAGUAAGCGAAUUGACGAUAACAAAUCAAACGUAAAUGGAUGUCGUCGGAAAGUCCUCUGUGUAAACGGAAUUAUUUCUUCCUCUCCACUGUCUUAAAGUUGAGCAUUGACCGUGACGUCAUCCGCUUAGCUUUUUUCAUUGGAGGCGGUGCGGCAGUGACAUCACCCCCAGAACAUCACUCGCCCGGUAACCAGAAACAGUGACGUCACCGAGAGGCGUUGCAGCAAGCUUGAUCCCGCCACGCACAUGCUCCGAAGCAGUCCAGUCUUGUUAGCAGUUCAGAUCAUUACCGCGAGUGGCUCCCUCACCAAUUCAGUAAGUGCGUGACCGCGGAGCGCCUCAACGACCUCGAAUGCACCCUCAGGCUGCUGCCGGAGUCACAAGAGAUUACUGAAGGGCGAAGCAGACUAGCAAGACUGAAACUACAUACCUCUAACUAACUUCCGCGUCCUCGCAGAUUCUUUACUCUGACCUCCACGAGCGUCAAACUUUCCUCAGACUCCACAGUCUCUGCCGUCAGCCUUAGGAGACACGCGUACCUGAGGCGUGCGACAGACAAGCCAGUCUCAUUACCACCUCAGGCAUCAUGACGGACAAGGGAGUGACAAUCGAGCGCUCCCCUUCAGGUCUGGGAAUAGGAGGGGUAGUAUUCUCGCCUCACCUGGCAAGCAGCGGAGGCACAGCAUGGGAUCAGCAACAACAGCAGCAACAGAAUGCCCUUAUUACCAAGCUGGCAGCCACACCCCCCAACCGACUCAACCGCAACACUGAUAGCCUCGAGAAGGAGAGGAGGAACAGAAAGCUGGAUGACAAGAGCAGUGUUAACCGAAGCUGCGGGUGUGGUGGGUGGGCACGUGCAGUCCAGCUGGAGCACGACUUGGCGGAGCUGAAGAUCACUCACGGCAACCUGCUGACGGGCCUCCACCAGCAGAUCGAUGCCCUGAAGCAGAAGAACAGGGAUCUAACUUUCCAGUUGCUUAUGGGUCCCUAUGCCAGCCAAGUAAAGCAGGACAUUCCCUUCAGCCCGGAGAGUGACGAGGCCUCCUCCCCGAAGAAUGAAAAGCCAGCAGAGAUUGAGGCAAGCAAGCAGAAUGUUCCCCCUGCAGCCCCCACUCUCACUGUCCCCGCCACAGGCGCCACCACAACUCUCACCGACACUAGUGAGGCCCCCGCCAAGACACUGCCCUCCCCGCAGCCCUUCAUCAACGGCGACUUUGUUGUCAGACGCUCCCUGCGAGGCCGAUCCGGACGUGGAGACCCCCGCCUGGUACGCUCUCUUGAUCUGGAGCUGCUGGAGGAGGCUGCGGACCACACGCGCCGCCUCUUGGAAGAGGAACGCGCCAAGAACAAGUACCUCAAUACUCUCGUCGAGGAUCUCAAGAGGCAAGCACGCGAGGCAGCUGGUGAGUGCUCGGGCCUCCCGCACCCCACCACCAGGGUAGGAGCGCCCCCGCAGCUGCCUCCUCCACGCCCCCCCCGCCCUCCACCACGCACAGGAGACUCAGCACCCCGCGCCACCCUGCACGCCUCCCCACACACCAGACAAGUGGGCCAGCGCGAUGUGUCACCUCGAGGCUCGCAGGUGGACAGGUUGCUUGGAGCUUCCUCGCCUCUUCCUAAACGCAGCGUAGAUUCCAAGUCUCAAGCAGAACGUGAGCCUCGCUUCCCGCCGUUGCGCCAACAGUUCCAACAGCAGGAGCGUAGUGGCAAGCCGCCGCCACACACCGUCAGCCCCACGCACCGCAGGAUGGUAGAGAGGUCAAGAGAACGCGAAGGAGGAACGACAUUCCCUGCUAUAACUUCAGGUCCUCUGCAGCAGCAGCAGCAGCAACAUGCACAACAACAACAGCAGCAGCAGUCACAGCAACAACACCAUCAACAACAGCCACAACAACAUCAACAACAUCAGCAGCGUGGCCGGGGGAGGCACUUCGGCAGAGGACGAACAAGGCAACGUCAGCAUGGACAGCAUCAGUCAGAACAACAGCAGCAAUUCCACCACCAGCAACAACAGCACCAUAAUCCACACGCAGACCAGCAGCAGCAGCAACAACACGAGGGUCGUCAGGGGAGGGAGUCAACAGAGAUGAACGGCGAACAUAAGCCCAGAGCGCCUGACCACACCCAGAAUCAAGGCCCAUCGUCCUCAGGGCGGGCCUCUGGGCGGCCUCCCUUACCUCGGGAUGACUCUCGGGGGAGGCAGGACUAUUCUCGAACUCCGGCGUCUCCCCGAGAGGCUCAGGCAGGGCGUCACGGGACCCAGUACAAACGAAGUGGGCCUGAAGGUGCUGAUGCCUCUCAGUCUGAGGAAGGGCGUGUAGCUUCCGGUCAUGAUCCUGAAAAUAGACUGGAGACGCGCAGCAAGGGGCGCGGCCGAACACACCGAAGGGGUGGCCGGGGACGGCCCCGCAAGGAGAAGGCAACCAUACCACAAGACUAUACAGAAAGCGAGCAGUAGCCGCUGCUGGGAACAUGCUGCCAACACACAACCUCAGUUCUAUGCAUAGGAAAUGCUUCUCAUCUCAGGCUUAGUAUUCAUGUUCUGUUAAUUUUUGUAGAAAAUUGCAUGAGCUAUCAGCUCGCGGCUCUAACGUUAAGCCAGUAAGAAUAUUUAUAUACUACUUGGAAUAUCAGAUAUUCUACAGUCGCUCAUCGGUUAAGCAUGGUGCGAAUAGAAUACAAUCACGUAAAUAAUGUUACUAUCUCCUCGAACCGUCGACUUCCCCGAUCACUGUGUGUCUGUGUGAAGGACAAUCCUUCGGAACGAGUUUCGCUCAGACUGUAAAAUAUGGUGCGUUAUGUAGACAUCAAAAUUGUAUUAAAUUGUGUCAUGAUCAGUCAACAAUUUAUCUCCCUCUUAUUAAUGGCAAAAUGUUAUGUAUUUCUCUGUUCUACUGUAAUGUCGAUCAGUUAUCAAUAUAUCCAGUACAAAUAUAUACUAGUUUGUGCAAUAAACAUAAAGCAUUGAUGACGAGCCACUCUGAAAAUGAAGGAUAAUUCAUUAUCCCGUCAGUAGUUCCAGCAAGCCUCACGAUGGUGCGCCAGGCUGCACAGACAGACCGCCUCGGUAACACUCGCGCGCAGCCACUCUGUCUACUUCCUCCACUACUAAAAUGUCUCCUAAAUAUGCUGAGUUUAAUGAAAUGUCUUGCUUUC